AUGGUGGAUUAUUUUCCAAUACUCGCUGAUGCGAUCAGUAUAUCGAUUGAUCGGAGCAAGAUAGAAGACACAGUAUUUUUAGAUUUUCAAGUUGGAAAAUAUGGCUCACCAGCUAAUGAUUUGUAUUAUUUAAUUUUAUCUUCGGCCGAUUUAAGCAUAAAAUACACAGAAUUCGACUUUUUUGUUCGUUUCUACUACGACAAGCUAAUUGAAAAUCUGAAAUUGCUGGAAUAUCAUCGGCCACUACCUAAACUAAGGAGUUUACACAAUACUCUACUCAAACACGGCUUGGCCGCUUAUAUGGUUGUAUCGAAGGUGCUACCAAUUAUAAUGUUGGACAAAACUGAUAACAAACACUACUCAAAUUGUUUAAAUGACGAGACGAAAAUGAGAGAACUCAUGUACAAAAAUCACAAAUACGUGCAGGCCAUGAAUGAAUUACUGCCAUGGUUGGAUAAUCGCGGUUUGUUGGACUGGAAAUGAGGAAGUUAAUUUUUGACAUCUUAUUUUAUUAAAAAUUGUUCUGUUGAAAAAAUUGUAUUCCAUGUCAAAGCUUUUUGUUUACAAAACGUUAAUGUAUUAAUAUUCUGUAAUUAGAGACAUAUUUAAGGUUAAAAUUAUUUUAAAAAUAAUUU